GAGAGACACUCUCCAUCCAUUAAGCUCCAUUCAAUUCAGCAUUGGAUUCCCGGCCGUUCAAGGCAGGCCACUAGUAGCUCUCCUCCAUAGCCCGCAGGCACGUGUCCAUUGGCCUUCUGAACUCUGAAUCCUAAGCACUACUCAGGCUCCACACACUGGCCAGUCCAUCCCGUUGAGUCCAGACCAUGGCCUUCGUUUCCCAAUUGAGCGCGUCCACCGUGCGGCACUUGUCCACCACUUCGGUGGCUCGAGCGGGUCAAAUCCACGAGAUGAUUGUGAUCGGAGGCGGGCUGAUGGGCGCCGGGAUCGCGCAAGUGGGCGCUCAGACCGGUCAUAAGGUCACCUUGGUGGAUUUGAACCAAGAGGUGUUGGACCGAUCUCAGGCCCGAAUCCAAGCCUCCAUUCAACGGGUGGCCAAGAAGCAAUUCCAAGGCGACCCGUCGGCCGGUGAAACCUUCGUCCAGUCGGCCUUGGCCAAUCUGCAGAUUGCCACACAGCCUCAUGCGGCCUUGGCCACGGCGGAUUUGGUGGUGGAGGCCGUGGUCGAGAACUUGGAGCUCAAGCGAAAGAUCUUUCAGGAAUACGACGCCAUCGCACCGGCCAAGACCAUUUUCGCCUCCAAUACGUCGUCUUUACCCAUCGGGGAUAUCGCCACGGCCACCCAGCGGUUGGACCGCUUCGGAGGCUUGCAUUUUUUCAAUCCGGUGCCCGUGAUGAAACUGCUCGAGGUCAUUCGCAUCCCGGAGACCUCGGACGCGACCUUCCAGGCCAUGUUAGAUUGGGGUCAAGCCAUGAAGAAGACCACGGUCAAGUGUCAAGACACGCCGGGGUUCAUCGUCAACCGGAUUCUCGUGCCCACCAUGAUGGAGGCUGUGCGUAUGGUAGAGAGGGGCGAUGCUAGCACCCGCGAUGUCGAUACGGCCAUGAAGUUGGGGGCUGGACAUCCCAUGGGGCCUUUCGAAUUGGCCGAUUACGUGGGACUGGACACGGUCAAGUUCAUCCUGGACGGCUGGCAUGCUAAAUAUCCGGAUCAGCCUUUGUUCAAGCCCAGUGAUAUGUUGAACCAAUUGGUAGAUUCGGGCAAGUUUGGUAUCAAAUCUGGCGAGGGUUUCUAUAAAUAUGAGAAGAAAUAAGGACUGGACGACCAACAUGCCUAUUUUUUUACUACACCUCAAUACUUCUCAUGCUUAUGAAUCACAAAUUAAAGCAAAUCCGGAAUUCGCCGA